AUGGGUCUUCUGCGGUAUGGACUCAUUCUGGGCGGUCUUGCACUUCUAGCUCAUUUUAUUGCCGAUCGACUUCAUUCGAAACUUCCUCUACAUUUCGAUGGACAUGUGUCGAAAGGAUACGAGAGUGUUCAGAAGGCAUUCGAGCAGAAUUUCAUCGAUGGUUGGGAGUCCGAAGGAGCAUCAUUUGCAGUGUAUGUGAAAGGUCAGAAAGUAGUGGACCUGUGGGGUGGAUAUGCCGACAAGCAAGCGGCUCGUCUAUGGAAGGAGGAUACCAUCUCGGUGGCGUUUUCUACGACAAAAGCCGUUGCAGCUGUUUGUAUAGCGAUGCUUGCUGACCGAGGACGUCUCAAGUACGACGAUCUCGUCUCGAAACACUGGCCUGGAUUUGCCAAGAACGGCAAAGAGAACAUCACUAUUGAAUGGGUUAUGUCACAUAUGGUAAGUUCUGGCUCUUUAUAUGGAAAUUUUUCAUGUCUAAAGCUCCAUUCAUAG